UUCAUCUGUCACUCGUUUGAGAUUCUUCUUCGUAUUAUUGUAACAUUUUAUAUUUUUAUUAACAAAUUGACUGCGGAAGAGUGUAGUUUUCACACUAUAGUUUACUUUUAUCUUCACUAAUAGAAAAUUAAAAAAUACUUUAAUUUAUCUUCAUCCAGAUAAGGUACGGGCGAGAUUAUUUUAUACUUAGAUCAGAUCAGGUACUAACUGCACAUUCUUAUCUCGUGCAAAGGUACCAAUUCCAAAAGCAUUCUAAUAUUUUAAUAUUUCACAAACGUUCAGCAUAAUGAAUCCAACAAUUGUCGUCACAGGUUUCGGACCGUUCAUUGGUCAUGAAGAAGUCAAUGCCAGCUGGGAAGCUGUCCGCCUUUUGCCAGACUCUCUAAAAUCCGAUCAAAAAAUUAACUACACAAUUGAAAAGAAAUGUAUUUCAGUCGAUUAUGAUGAUGUCAACAGCGCUGUAGAUGGAAUUUGGGCGAAAAAGCCAGCGCUCGUAGUCCAUUGUGGAGUUCAUGGAGGAACCAAAUGUAUUCGUGUGGAGGAACUCGCUUACAAUCACAAAUUCAAUCGGAAGGACUACUCGGGUAAAAAACUAGUGGGCGGCAGUGCGUGUCUGGCCAACAAUGGAACAGCUUGCUGUGAAAUACGCACCAAGCUCGAUGUUAAGAAAAUCGUCGAGAAAACAGCACCACUUUGUGGUUGUAACGAACCAAUGGUUACUUCCGACGAUGUUGGUAAUUAUCUAUGUGGUUAUAUUUAUUUGAAGUCUCUGGACAAGAAUAGCUCCAGGAGUCUAUUUGUCCAUGUGCCUCCGAUUGACAAGCCAUUUAGUAGUGCGGAUACAAGUGAUAUGAUCUUAAAAAUUAUUGCUGAAUGCAUUCGUCAGAUUGAGGAGCUUGAAGAGGAGUGCCAACAGGAAGAUGAGUUCUGUGAUGCUGAAUGUGAUCAAUUUUGUGAUAUACAGACUUCUGAUAGUGCGUGAUGGAAUUAAUCAACGGUUUUAAGAUUUUUCAUUGAUAAGCAUAACAGCAAUGAUCUGCCUUUGUUUAUAUACCUUGGUAUAAAGUACCAAUUUUAUAGAAAACUAAAUGAAACAAAACCAAAAAAUAAAGAUUCUUCACCACUAACUAUAUUAUAAACACAUCAAUGUAAUAAUUUUACGUUCGUAAAAACUCGUAACUUAUUUCAGACCAUUUAUGUUUAUAAAUGUAAUUUCCAAUUUACUUUUAUACUUCAUUAUUAAACUACAUGCAUUUUAAAAUAAAUAACCAACUAUUUACAAAGAUAAAAUUAUAAUUAA